GGCGGGGCGCAGCGGGCGGGCCGAGCCGAAGCUGGAGGCGAGCAGUGUGGAGCCGACGCCAACGCCAUGCGCCGGGUCGAGCGCAGGGACGCUCCGGGCCCGGAGCCGCAGGGCAAGGCCUCGCUGGAAGGGCCGCCGGUAGAGCCCGGGCCCGGGGCUGGGACAGGGGCGCGCCGCAGCACCGAGUCCGAAGUGUACGAUGACGGCACCAACACCUUCUUCUGGAGAGCUCACACCUUAACGGUCUUGUUCAUCCUCACCUGCGCCCUUGGCUACGUGACCCUGCUGGAAGAGACUCCUCAGGAUACUGCCUACAACACCAAACGAGGGGUCGUGGCCAGCAUCUUAGUUUUCUUGUGCUUUGGAGUCACACAGGCCAAAGAUGGACCGUUCUCCAGACCUCACCCAGCUUACUGGAGGUUCUGGCUGUGCGUCAGCGUCGUCUACGAGCUCUUCCUCAUCUUCAUCCUCUUCCAGACGGUGCAUGAUGGAAGGCAGUUUUUGAAGUACAUCGACCCUAAGCUGGGUGUCCCCUUGCCAGAGCGAGACUAUGGAGGAAACUGCCUCAUUUAUGAUCCUGACAACAAGACGGACCCAUUUCACAACAUCUGGGACAAACUGGAUGGAUUUGUUCCUGCUCAUUUCCUCGGCUGGUAUUUAAAGACGCUCAUGAUUCGGGACUGGUGGAUGUGCAUGAUUAUCAGCGUGAUGUUCGAGUUCUUGGAAUACAGCUUGGAGCACCAGUUGCCCAAUUUCAGCGAGUGCUGGUGGGAUCACUGGAUAAUGGACGUGCUCCUGUGUAAUGGGCUGGGCAUCUACUGUGGCAUGAAGACCCUGGGCUGGCUUUCUCUGAAGACAUACAAGUGGCAGGGUCUGUGGAACAUCCCCACCUACAAGGGCAAGAUGAAGAGAAUCGCCUUCCAGUUCACGCCCUAUAGUUGGGUGCGCUUUGAAUGGAAACCAGCCUCCAGCCUGCGCCGGUGGCUGGGAGUCUGUGGCAUCAUCCUGGUUUUUCUCUUGGCAGAACUGAAUACCUUCUACCUGAAGUUUGUGCUGUGGAUGCCCCCAGAACAUUACCUGGUUCUGCUUCGACUGGUCUUCUUUGUGAACGUUGGGGGUGUGGCAAUGCGAGAGAUCUAUGACUUCAUGGAUGACCCGACAUUCCAUAAGAAGUUUGGUCAGCAGGCCUGGCUGGUGGCAGCCAUCACGGCCACAGAGUUCCUGAUUGUGGUGAAGUAUGAUCCCUACACGCUGACCCUGUCACUGCCCUUCUAUGUGGCGCAGUGCUGGAUCCUGGGCACCGUGCUCAUCCUCACCUGGACCGUCUGGCGGUUCUUCCUGCGGGACAUCACCCUGCGGUACAAAGAGAUCAGACGUCAGAAGCAGGAAAGCAGGUGUGAAGUGGACCGGGCCUUGAUGGAUGGCAGCCAAGGGCAUUCUCCACUGUUGGAAGAACAGGACAAAGAUGGGGAGCUGUGAGCAGACCUCCGCUGGCCCCUGGCUUCAGCCCUCCUGGAAACUUUGGGUGGGCCACUGCCCUGCUGGCCCACCCCAGGGACCCGCCCUGGAUCCAGCAGCCAGGGCUCCAGAUGGGCAGCAUCUGCCCAGCCGGUGACAGAGCAGAAGAUGACAGUGGCCUGGGGGGCUCAGGGCUUGCCCUGGCUGAGGGCGGGGGAGAAGAGGACCACCGAGCUGCCCCACCCGCUUGGCAGCAGUGGCUGGGGCAGCCAGAGGGCCCAGAGGCAGGCCGCAGUGAGUCGUGACCUCCCAGAAUGGAGCGGAGGCUGCCCGUGGGGUGAAGGGCCGGCGGGCAGGGCUGGGUCUGAUGGCAGAAGGCUCUUUCUCCAUCAGAACCUGCCUUGAAUUAGUCAGUCUACAGUCUGGGGAGGCAUCGGCACCUCUCAGGGGCCCUGGCAGCGAGGUGUGGCAUCUCACUUGCCACAGAGAAGUGGUCGGGGCCGGUGUCUGUCCGUUAGUGGGAGCAGAGUACAAAUAAAGAGAAAUGAAGGAAA